AGUCCCUCCUCCCCGCUCCCCCAUUGGGUCCCUGGCUCCUGCAACCCUGCCUGUGGAGACGAAAGAGGAGGGGUGUUGCUCUUUCACCUUUGGCCAUUCAGAAUUUUCGCACAUAAAUACUAGGGAAGACCCUGCUCUCUCCUUACUUCUCUGCCCUUGGCCCUCGCUGGGGCUUGUCCCCUUGGGGUGGGCAGGGCCAUGGGGGACCUGCUCAUGCUGAGGCUGGCCAUGCUGGUAGGCUGUGCCACCUCCAGCACCUCUGCCUGGUCAGUGAAUAAUUUCCUGCUGACAGGUCCCAAGGCCUACCUGACCUACACGACCAGCGUAGCCUUGGGAGCCCAGAGUGGCAUCGAGGAGUGUAAGUUCCAGUUUGCUUGGGAACGCUGGAACUGCCCUGAGAACGCGCUGCAGCUCUCCACCCACAACAGGCUGAGAAGUGCCACCAGAGAGACUUCCUUCAUUCAUGCUAUCAGCUCUGCUGGAGUCAUGUAUACCAUCACCAAGAACUGUAGCAUGGGCGACUUUGAAAGUUGUGGCUGUGAUGAGUCAAAAAAGGGAAAAACAGGAGGCCAUGGCUGGAUCUGGGGCGGCUGCAGCGACAAUGUGGAAUUUGGGGAAAGGAUCUCCAAACUCUUUGUGGACAGUUUGGAGAAGGGAAAGGAUGCCAGAGCCCUGAUGAACCUUCACAACAACAGGGCCGGCAGGCUGGCAGUGAGAGCCACCAUGAGAAGGACCUGCAAAUGUCACGGCAUCUCAGGGAGCUGCAGUGUCCAGACGUGCUGGCUGCAGCUGGCUGACUUCCGGGAGAUGGGAGGCUACCUGAAGGCCAAGUAUGACCGGGCGCUGAAAAUUGACGUGGGCAAGCGGCACCUAAGGGCUGGCAACAGUGCUGAGGGCCGCUGGGCUCCCACUGAGGCCUUCCUGCCUAGCGCAGAGGCAGAGCUGGUGUUUCUAGAGGAAUCUCCUGACUACUGUACCCGCAAUGCCAGCCUGGGCAUCCAUGGCACAGAGGGUCGAGAAUGCCUGCAGAAUGGCCUCAACACAUCCCAGAGGGAACAGCGUAGCUGUGGGCGCCUGUGCACCGAGUGCGGGCUACAGGUGGAAGAGAGGAGAACUCAGGCCGUGCGCGGUUGUAACUGUAAAUUCCACUGGUGCUGCACUGUCAGGUGCGACCAGUGCAGGCAUGUGGUGAACAAAUACUACUGCGUGCAUUCCCCAGGCAGUGCCCAGGCCCAGGACAGUGGCAGUGCCUGA